ACAUGUGAUCAUGUAGACGCGAUAGACGAGAGUAAUCAACUACCGCGUGUGAUCAAGCUAGUAUCUUUUACUUCUGUCUUUUUACUGUUAAGCUAGCAAGUUUAUAGUUAGCCGAAGGUAGCUUAUUAUCUUCCCAUUUUUGCAUUUGCUAAUACAACUGUUCAGCUAUCAACUUCGCUUUUGUCUUGCAUGCAUCGGCCACAGGACUUCGUUGGACCGUAACUUUUGCAGAACACCGCAUAUUCUGUACUGGGCAAAGUCAUAAGCCUAACAGGCUAACAGGUUUAGCUACCGUUAGCCAUGGCCCUGUCUUGUGUGACAUGACAACUUUCAUGACCUGCUGAUGAUUCGUGUGUAAUCUCAGUGAUCCUGUGAUAUUUCUGCCCGGUGGACCAUCUUAACAGAACACCAUGGAUGAGGAGUCUGUAGACCAAGCGACCAGUCUGUCUCCUCCUCGCUACAACGCUGGAGCUGACUGUAACCAUGGUGACCAGAGCUCACUGUUGAGCCAGCAGAAGAUGGUGUCGGAAAACCACGAUUAUCUCCAGCACCAUCAAACACUGGCCUCAAAAGUUUCAGCGGAAGAGGAAGAGGAGGAGAGAGGAGUGUGGUGUGAGUCUGAUGUCAAUGUAGUACAACACAACAACCUCAAAAACACAACAUCAUCCACUAAGAAGUCUUUCCCCUGCUCUGUGUGUGGACGACUCUUCACUACAAAACAGUCCCGGGACCGACACAUGAAGACCCACACGGGAGAGAAGCCGUUCCACUGCACUGUGUGUGGGAAGAGCUUCUCUCAGCAGUCCUCGUUUAGGAUACACCAGAGGAGCCACACGGGGGAGAAGCCCUACUGCUGCCCUGAACCUGACUGUGGGAAGAGCUUCUACCAAUCAGGAGCCUUGUUGAGACACGGAAGGAGUCACGCUGAGGGGUCUACUAGACUAAGAACUGCUGCAGAUGUGCUGCCACACCGACAGGAGCUGCUCGUCCGACGGGACGAUACCAGUAGCAAGAAUUCUAGACUUCAGGCUGCUGUGGAUGUGCUGCCAGAGCAAGAGGAUGUCCGUCUGGCCCAAGGUACAGGUAACCAUAGCGACCAGGGCACGCAGACUCAGAGUGGGGGGUCAGUGAAGCAGCAGGACAGCGGUCAGACAGACGGACAGAUCAGGAGAGGUGAAGAAGAGGAAGCCGGUGGUUUAAUCAACUCAGAGGAAGUUGGCUGGGAUCCUCCUCAUCUUGGAGGCAGUCCUCCUCCUCCUCCCAGCUCUGGCCCUUCUACACCGGGAGGCCGACCUGUCCAACACCAGCAGAACCACAGGAAGUCUUCCCACACCAACACCUGUCAGAAGUGUGGAGAGCGGUUCCCUACCUUCUAUCAGCUCCGUGUCCACCUGACCACCCACCGGGGAGAGAAGCCCUUCUCCUGUCCAGACUGUGGCAAACGCUUCUCAGCCCGGGGCUACAUGGAGUCACACCAGAGGGUACACAUCAAGGAGAGACCACACCCCUGCCCCGACUGUGGUAAGAGGUUCCUCUCUCUGGGAGACCUGAAGAGACACCAGCAGAGCUUCUCCGACGAGAGACCGUACGGCUGCUCCGAGUGCGGGAAGAGCUUCACCCAACCGGGGUUCCUAAGGGCACACCAGAGGACACACACCGGGGUCAAAGGUUACCCCUGCCCCUACUGUCACAAGGACUUCUUCACUGCCUCCAGUCUGAGGAGACACAGGAAGCAGGCGCAUGCGGAAGAGACCGUCACACUGCCCCCUAGUGGUGGACUCCAGCUAUCACAUGCUGGAGAGACCCUAGGUCAAGCUGAAGCUGGUAUACCAGUACUGAAGGUCAUAGUGAAGGAGGAGGAGGAGGAUCCUGCUUUUGGAGAGAGUUCUAACAACCACCACUCUGAGUCUGAGGAGAGUCUCCCUGCAUCCGUAGAGCAAAAACAACAACAACAACAACAACAACAUAAACAGCAUCACAGCUGCCACAGAAGAGCCCACCCCUGCCCUGUGUGUGGAAAGGAGUUUCCCAUUGCAUACAAGCUACAAGUCCAUAUGAGAAUCCACACUGGAGAGAAGCCUUUCUCCUGCUCUGUGUGUGGGAAGAGCUUCGCCCAGAAGGGGGAGCCUGACACUCCACCAGAUCGUCCACACAAGAGAGAAACCUUACUCCUGCCCCGACUGUGGGAACACCUUCUCCCAGAUGAUUAG